GACGCAGCUAUUCAGCCAAGGUGUUUGAGCUCAUGCUUGGCGAGACGGAGCGGGGGACGACCGAGGGAGGACCUGAGCCUCAAUCGAGCAAGUGCACCAUUGUCUAGAUGUCAGUCUGUCUCCUCCUCGUGCCCCACGCCGGACAAUUUCUUUUCAACUCGCAUGCCAGCUCGAUCUCAAUUGCUCGUCGCCGCCUGCCGUCGUCGCCAGCAAUAGGCCCCAAAGCGUCCAUCGGUCAUCGUCCAUCCCGCUUUCGAUACCAACCUGCGCUAAUUUGCCCUUCUUCCUUCCCGCAUUUCUUCUUCUGCCACCUUUCUUCGUUGCCAUGGACAGAGCUUUUCUCUCCGCCCUUGCGUGUACAUCAUCAUUAUUCAAUGAGAUAUGCUCUCCACCCACAGUCGCAUCUAAGUCCUGUACUUGUCAUCGAUGUCUUUCGGUCGUCCCUCGGUCCGGAUCCGAGCGGGCGCUCACGUGUUUCUUCGCGUUCUUUCUCCACCUCGAUCCGAACAAAGAUGAAUGACUACCAUUGACAGCCACUAAAAAGAAGCAUGGGACACCCGGUGAUCCUCGCGACAUGCUCGCUCAACCAGUGGGCGCUCGACUUUGAGGGCAACAAGGAGAGGAUCCUUCAGUCCAUCGUCGAGGCCAAGCAAAGAGGCGCGAAGCUUCGGGUCGGCCCCGAGCUCGAGAUCCCGUGAGCUAGAUGCAGUACG